AUGGAGAGAAGGAAGCUCGCAGGCGCGCGGUUGCUACUCCGGACGUCUUGGCCGAUCACGAAGAUGGAGACGGCUCUGAUCGAAGAAGAGGAACUGUCCGUGGUUGUCGCGAGCAGCAACAGCGAAGUGGUGAGAGCUUUUGAGUUCUGGGGUUGUUGGGAACAUAAUAGGAAGAAGGCGAGGGCAAAGGAGGUCUCGGUGAUGUUUGCUCGACAGUCACGAUGUCUCCCCCUCGUUUUGGCAGUUCCAAUCAAAAAAUCAAUAGGCUCAAGUGGGUGUUUGGUUUUGGUUCUUGACAGGAAAGAAGGAAGGACGAGGGAUGCUGCUAAUCCAUGGCAUAACUCUAAGGAAUUGAAAAAUGAGAAAGGAUGUGACAGUUUCAGCUAA